CGGCGCGGCUUCUGUCAGCGUCUGCAGCCAGAGCGGAGCGAGCAUCGGAGGAACACUGUAGAGAAAAUGCCCAUUGAAUACAAAAGGAGACCAACUUUUUUUGAAAUUUUUCAGGCGCGAUGCAGCACAGCAGAUUUAGGGCCAAUAAGCCUCAACUGGUUUGAAGAACUUUCUUCAGAAGCCCCACCGUAUAAUUUUGAACCUUCAGAAGAAUAUGACUAUAAACCCCACAAUUAUGAACCACAGCUGUUUAAAACACCACAGAGAAAACCGCCUUACCAUCAGUUGGCUUCAACUCCAAUAAUAUUCAAAGAACAAGGUCAAACUCAAGCACUAGACCAGUCGCCUUUCAACGAAUUAGGGAAGAUUACUGCAAACAGUAAACAUAAAAAUCACCGCAGAACAAAGGCCAAAGUGGGCCCUGUGCUUGAUGUUGCCAGUCCGACUCUGAGAUCUUGUCUCAGCGAAAGCCCUCUUCCUCUGCGACGCACACAAGUUGUACCACAAAGAGAAAAACCAGUAUUAUAUGGAAGUUUAUUUUCUACACCAAAAAUCGAGGAGGGUCAGACACCCAAACCCAUCUCUGAAAGUCUCGGAGUUGAGGUGGAUCCUGAUAUGUCUUGGUCAAGUUCGUUAGCUACACCACCAACCCUUAGUUCCACUGUGCUCAUAGCCCGAGAUGAGGAAGCACGAGGAAUUGUGUAUCCUGAAGACUCUCCUGCUAUUUUGAGAAGCUAUUUUUCCAACCACAACGAAAGUCUGAAAAAGAAUGAUAGAUCUCUUCCCUCUGUGGCUGACAGUGAAAACAAAAGCCAGAGGCAAGCUUUUAGUCACGGAUUGGAGAAAAUGUUAGGGGAUUCAUCUGGCAAAACAAACAGCUUCAAAGAUUGCCUUCAAAAGUCAAUGCCAAGUGUUGUAGAAGAUUGGGAGACAACUGCAGAAACUUCUGAAGAAGAUAGUUUCUCGUUUUGUUUUCCUAAGCAUAGAAGCAGAAAUCUACAAAAAAUGAGAAUGGGCAAGAGCAGGAAGAAAAUUUUCAGUGACGUCAUAACUGAUGAGUUAAAUGAAGAAGCUAGUAGAUGGGCUGGUGAGAAACAUUCAUCUGAACUGGAUAUUAAACCAAGCCACAGUGAUCCCUUAGAUCCAGAUGUGACAAACCAGAAGCCCUGUAGCAGUGGAAAUGAGGAAAUCUGCAAGGAAGCUGUACAGUCUUCCAGCAGUGGGUGGUCUCAGCUAACCCUCUCUGGUCUGACUGGAACCCAGAUGGGAAAAACACCUCUCCUGUGUAUUUCUUCUAAUAACCAGAAUAAUUCAGAAAAAGACUUCAUAGAUACGAAGAAAGAAGGUAUUGACUCUAUUGCUUCAGAAAACUCUUUACCUCAUAUUUCUGUUCUUCCAGUACCAGAAAAGGUGAUCAGUGAGAAAACUCUGGGAGAUAGGGCACACGAAGGACAGCAUCUUGACUCGCACGAGGUCUCCAUUGCAGGGGAGCAAGCAGUGUCUGGAACUUGUCAAGCAGCCUGCCUGUUUCAGAGUGUCGGCAAGUCUGUGUUCAGAAUGAGAGAGCCACUUGAGGAGUGUCUGGGCACUGUUUUCUCAGAGAGUGAGACCAGCCUAGCCACCACAGAAGAACCUGGCGCCUCUGCCAGUGUGUUGGGAACGUGUGCUGUGUGCUCACAGACAGAACCUGGCGCCUCUGCCAGUGUAUUGGGAACCUGUGCUGUGUGCUCACAGACAGAACCUGUCACCUCUGCCAGUGUGUUGGGAACCUAUGCUGUGUGCUCACAGACAGAAGAACCUGGCGCCUCUGCCAGUGUAUUGGGAACCUGUGCUGUGUGCUCACAGACAGAAGAACCUGGCGCUUCUACCAGUGUGUUGGAAACCUGUGCUGUGUGCUCCCAGACAGAGAAUUCAUUGUGUCCCGGUUCAGCUGACUCUGGAACCUGGCCAACAACUCUCACUCACACUUCUGCAACUGGGAAAACUGCAGGUUUAAUAUCCACUCUAAAAAACAAAAGAAAAAAGUUUAUUUACUCCGUAAGUGAUGAUGCAUCUUAUCAAAGAACAGAAAUACUGGCAGUCAGAACAUCAGAGCUCACUAACCCUUCAGCGCAGUUUGUAGCAAGUGCUUUUGACGCGCCAUUCAUAUUUACAUAUGAGAAUUCAGGUUUAUCAGAUUCUUCUGUCAUAAGAAGCUCCUUACAGAAUGAUCCUGAAGAGCCAUCUUUGUCCUUGGCCAACUCUUUUGGGACUGCUUCCAAUAAAGAAAGUAGUCACACUAAUGCAUCGAUAUCUCAAGAUCUCAAUGACAAAGAAGCAAUAGUCAGUGAAGAAAAACCAGGGCCACAUACAGCACUAGAAACUGAUUGUCUGUCGUGCUUGCCCGAAAAACAAUGUGAAAAUGAAGAUCAGAAGAGCCCCAAAAUUUCAAAUGGAAAAGAAAGAGUCUUAGUCUCAGUCUGUCGUCCUGCAGGACAGCAAGCGGCAGCAAUGCAGCCUGGCAGCACUAGCUUUGAAUUACAGGAAGACCCUAUCGGUGGCCAUAAGAGCACCAGUAUUCUUAAAGUAACUCCCAGCUCGAAGAUGCCUCUGUCAAAGCCAGUUGUGGUUUCCAGAGGAAAAGUGUGUAAAAUGCCAGAGAAACUGCAGUGUGAGUGUUGUAAAGAUAAUACUGAAUUAAGCAAAAACAUUCCCUUGGAGAAAAAUAAAACAUGCGUCCUAAGUGAAAGUUCUAAAACCUCUGAGUUUCUGCUACCUGGCAAAUAUGUGACCAAAGCGUCCCCCGCAGGGAAGUCUUGGUUCAGUAAGAACACAAACCUAGCGGUCAUAAAAAAGGACCAAGAAAAAAACGCUUUUAUCUCAGAAAUAUCAGUUAAUAUGAGUUCUGAAGAACUUUUCCCAGAAAAUGAGAAUAAUAUUGCCUUUCAAGUAACUCAUGAAAGUAAUAAGAUUGUUUUAGGCAGUACUGUGGAACUGCAGGAAGAAGACCUCAGCCAUGCAAAAGGGCCUGAUCUCCAGACCUCUCAUACAGCAACAGCAGUAGAUGAAGACAUAGGUGAUGAGCAAGCAGCCCGUGCGUUGAUAACAAAAAACUCAGAUUCCUCAGCGUGUACAAAGAAGAGUAGAAGUGCCAUAGAGCAGCAUCUGAAAGGAACUGCAGACAAAGAUUUAAAAUUGAACUCCUCCCUGGAUGUGAGGUCAGAUGGGAACAAUGACUAUACAGACAAAUGUUCAUGGUUUUUAGAUCCAGUCUUUAGCCAUAAUUUUGGAGGUAGCUUCAGAACAGCUUCCAAUAAAGAAAUAAAACUUUCAGAACAUAAUGUCAAGAAAAGCAAGAUAUUCUUCAAAGAUAUUGAAGAGCAGUAUCCUACUAGUUUAGCUUGUAUCGACAUUGUUAAUGCCUUACCAUUAGCAAACCAGAAGAGACUAAGUGAACCUUAUACAUUUGAUUUGCAGUCAGUUACUACCGUGUCUGCUCCUUCUCAGAGUCGGGCGUCUGCUUCUUGUGAAGAUACUCACACAUCACCUCAGGUGUUAUCUUCAAAGCAAGAUUUUCAUUCGAACCACAGUUUAACACCCAGCCAAAAGGCAGAAAUUACAGAACUUUCUACUAUCUUGGAAGAAUCAGGAAGUCAGUUUGAAUUCACACAGUUCAGAAAGCCAAGCCGUGUAGCACAGAAUAAUGUCCCUGAUGUGCCUGGAAACCUGAUGGUUGCCAUAGGUACCACUUCUGAGGAGCGGAAAGAUGUUGAUCCUCAUCUCACAAUGGAUUCCUCCUCUGUUGGUCACACGGAUCACAGCAAGAAAUUUGAAGGUUCUGUUGGUGUUAAACAAAACUCUUCUUGCCUGUUGAAAGACAAUUGUAACGAAAGUACAUCUUGUUUUUUAACAAAUGUAAAUGAAAUGGAGUUUGAAGGAUUUCGUUCAGCUCUUGGCACAAAGCUUAGUGUGUCCAAUGAGGCUCUACAAAAAGCUCUGAAACUGUUCAGUGACAUCGAAAAUAUUAGUGAGGAAACUUCUGCAAAAAUAGACCCAAGAGCUUUCUCUUCAAGUGCUGAUCAUGAUUCUGUUGCUUCGGUGUUUAAGAUAAAGAGACAAAACAGUGAUAAAAGUUUUGGUGAGAAAACUAGUAAGUGCCAAGUAACAUUGCAAAAUAAUGCUGAAAUGACUACUGGUGGUUUUGUUGGCAAAAAUCCUGAAAAUUGUACAAGAAAUACAAAAUAUGAAGAUAAUUAUACUGGUUCUCAAAGAAGUACUUAUAAGUUAGAAAACUCUGAGAGUAGUAAACCAAGUACAGAGGUCACAGUUGAUAUUCAGAAGGAUGGCGGUGAUUUACCAUGUGAUUUACCAACUGAUGAAAGCAGUAAGUAUCCUGAGUCAUGUACCCAGUAUGUGAGGGAGGAAAACACACAAAUUAAAGAGUGUAUAUCAGAUUUAACAUGUUUGGAAGUCAUGAAAGCUGAGGAAACAUGCUGUAUUCAAUCUUCAGAUAAAGAACAAUUACCUUCUGGUAAGAUGGAGCAAAAUAUAAAAGAUUUUAAUAUAUCCUUUCAGACUGCAAGUGGGAAAAAUAUCAGAGUCUCUGAGGAGUCAUUAAGUAAAAGUGCAAAUAUUUUAAAUCAAGAGACAGAUGAAUUGAUCAUCUUUUCAGAUCCUUUGAGUUCUAAAUUUCAUUGUGGCAUAAAUAAGAACAAAAUGGACAUUUCAUGUCACAAGGAAACUACCAGUAUUAAAAAGGUAUUCAACGAGCGUUUCCCACUUGGGACUGUCGGUCAGUUACCAACUCUUCAGCAGCAUCAUGAAUGUGAAAUAGAAAGUACCAAAGAACCUUCUCUGUUAAGUUUUCAUACAGCUAGCGGGAAAAAAGUCAAAAUUACACAGGACUCUUUGGACAAAGUAAAGAACCUUUUUGAUGAGACACAAUAUGUUAGGAAAACCCCCAGUUUUAGUCAUCAAGGGUCAAAACCCUUGAAGGACAGAGAGAACUUCAAAGAAGGGCUUACAUUAGCAUGUGAAACAGUUGUUGAAAUCCCUGCCUCAAAGAGUGAAGAACUGCAGAACAGCUUUGGCUCUAAGGAGACUGGAGUGCCACCCAAGCAAACUGAUCAUUUGUAUAGGCAGACUGAAAAUCUCAGAACAUCAAAUAGUACCUCUUCUAAUGAAAUAGAAAAAAGUCCUACAACCUCCUGCAUGAGGCAGUUGUCUUCCUCAGUCACUGAAGAUUGUGCUUUGGCAUGUGACACAGGACACGGCAGGAAAACUUGUGUCACUGAGUUUUCUCUACCCAAAGGCAGAAAACAGCUUAGAGAAGGACUGGGGCAUAAAUCUGAAAGAAAAAAUGCUGCCGAAAUUGACUGUGUAAAGGAACACACUGAAGGCUGUGCUGGAAAUGCCUCAGAUGAGCAUAGUUCAGACAGCAUUAGAAACGAAGUUGGUACAAACUGUGCGUCUGAAAAUCAAGCUUCCGCCCUCUUUAGUGACCCUGGCAUGUCUCGCAGCUGUCCACCCCAGUCUAGUUUUUGUCACUCUGAUAACAUGCAUAAUGAUUCAGGGUAUUUCUCAAAAAAUAAAAUUGAUUCUGAUACUCAGCCAGACAUGAAGAAUGCUGAAGACAGUGCCCUUUUCCCCAAUGUGUCUGCUACAGAAGAAGUAAGUACAUACCCACAAACUGCAAAGGAAAAUACUUGUGUUCAGAAACUUGAGACUAACUCUUCACCCUGUGCAAAAAGAAGCGUAGCCAUUGAGAUGGCUACAGGAGAUUCAAGAAAUUUUAAGGUAAGCUCACCUAUGGUCAUGACAUCUUAUUCACAAGAAACUGUAAAAACAGUGAAAGAGAUUUUCACAGACAACAAUAAGACAAUUAAACAAAACACACAGAGUAAACCAGAUACUUGCCACACAAGCUGUCAUAAAGUAUUGGAUAAUUCACAGGAUUUUAUACGCCCUAGCUCUUUAGAUGACAACUAUAUAAACUCACAUAAGACUUUUGUUUAUACCCAGAAAGAACAAAUUUUACAGCAUAAUAACCAAAGUAUGUCUGGACUAGAGAAAGCUCAAAUGCAACUUGUUAAUUUGAGAACUUGGGACACAUGUAAAUCUGUAAGGGAACUUUCCCAGGCAGCCUGUCCUUCACGCACUUACGGCAUUUUUAGCACAGCAAGUGGGAAAGCUGUGCAGGUAUCGGACGCUUCAUUAGAAAAGGCAAAGCGAGUGUUUUCUGAGAUGGAUGGUGGUGCUAAACCUUCCACGGUGCCUCCGGAAAGUAAUGAACAGUCUGACCACCCUGUGAGAAGCAAGAACUCUGUGGUGCAGAAUCCCGAGGGUGUGUCGUCACUCCCCAAAACCUUCACGAGCAAUGUCAGUUCAUCGGUAUUCUCUGGAUUUAGUACAGCAGGUGGAAAACGGGUCACAGUCUCAGAAAGCGCCUUACACAAGGUUAAAGGAAUGCUAGAGGAAUUUGAUUUGAUCAGAACUGAACAUACUCUCCAACAUCCACCUACAUCUGAAGAUGUAUCAAAAAUACCUCCUCAGUCUUUUGUUGAAAAGAGAAGCCCAGAAUAUCCUGUAAACUCGAAACUGCAGAAAACCUGUGAUGGUAAAUUCAGUUUACCAAAUAACUAUAGAGAAAGUGGUUCUUUGGGCAACACUCAUGCUAUUGAAGUUUUUCCCCAGCUCCCUCCGCUUACGGAAGACACACAGUUGGUAUUAGGAACCAAAGUGUCCCUUAAGAAGGCUUAUCUUCUGGAAAAGGAACAAACCUUACCUCAAACCACAGAAGCAGGAACUGGUAAAAUGGGGGCUUUUGAUGUUCCUGUGAGAACAAAUGGAGGAGGCGGUUGUGCUUCUGCUAAAGAGCCGGAGAACUAUUUUGAAACAGAAGCAGUGGAGAUUGCCAAAGCUUUUAUGGAAGAUGAUGAGCUGACGGAUUCUGAACCAAGUCAUGUCAAACACUCACUGUCUACCCACCCCCAAAACGAGGCUUUGUUCAAUUCGAAAACUAGGAAAAGAAGAGUGGCUGUUGAUGCAAUUGGACAACCGCCAAUCAAAAGAAGCUUAUUAAAUGAAUUUGACAGGAUAAUAGAAAAUAAAGGAAAAUCCUUAAAGCCUUUAAAAAGUGCUCCAGAUGGUACAAUGAAAGACAGAAGAUUGUUCACGCACCACAUGUCUCUAGAGCCGGUGACCUGUGGACCCUUCUGCUCAAGUAAAGAGAGGCGAAAAACUCAGAGUCCUCAUUUCACUGCACCGGCUCAAGGACGUCUGUCUAGAGGGCAUCCUGGGCAUUCGGCUCUGGAAAAACCUCCAAGCCAUCCUACAGCUUCACUCCUGCCAACUCACAAAGUUUCUGCUUCAAGAAAUGAAAGGACAAGAUGCUCAGCCACAGGCAGAUCCACCACAGUCUUCGUCCCCCCUUUCAAGAUGAAAUCGCAGUUUCACAGAGAUGAACAUUGGAAUAGCAAGAGUAUCAGUGCAGAGGGAGAGAACCACAAGAGCAUAGAUGGGGACAGUGAAGAUGUGAGUGACAGUGACAUUCGUCAGUGUGACAAAGAAAGCUUCCAUCAAGAGGCCACAGAGUGUGAGGAAGAGCCUUUAGAUUUAAUGGCAAGCCUUCAGAAUGCCAGAGACCUACAGAAUAUGCGAAUUAAAAAGAAAGAAAGGCAUCAUCUCUCUCCACAGCCAGGCAGUCUGUAUCUCACAAAAUCAUCCACCCUGCCUCGGAUCUCUCUGCAGGCCGCAGUAAGAGGCCGUGUUCCUUCUGCAUGUUCUCAUAAGCAGCUCUAUAUGUAUGGCGUUUCUAAAGAGUGCAUGAACAUUAACAGCAAAAACGCUGAGCAUUUUCAGUUUGACAUUCAGAAUUACUUUGGUAAAGAAGAUGUGUGUGCUGGAAAGGGCAUUCAGUUAGCAGACGGUGGAUGGCUGAUCCCCUCCAAUGAUGGGAAGGCUGGAAAAGAAGAAUUUUAUAGGGCUCUGUGUGACACUCCAGGUGUGGAUCCAAAGCUUAUUUCUAGUGUCUGGGUGUCUAAUCACUACCGCUGGAUUGUAUGGAAACUGGCAGCUAUGGAAUUUGCUUUUCCUAAAGAGUUUGCUAAUAGAUGCCUAAACCCAGAAAGAGUGCUGCUUCAACUAAAAUACAGGUACGAUGUGGAAAUUGACAACAGCAGCAGGUCGGCUCUCAAGAAGAUCCUGGAAAGGGAUGACACAGCUGCAAAAACACUCAUCCUCUGCGUUUCUGAUGUCCUUUCACCAAGCACAAGUGGACCUGAAGCCUCAGGCAGUGAAACUCGUGCAGAUCCCAAGAGUGUAGACACUGUCGAGCUCACAGACGGAUGGUAUGCUGUCAAGGCCCAGCUAGACCCUCCCCUUGUAGCUCUGGUAAAGAGCGGGAGACUGACUGUGGGCCAGAAGAUCAUUACCUACGGGGCCGAGCUAGUGGGCUCCCCUGAUGCCUGUGCACCUCUGGAAGCCCCAGACUCUCUUAGGCUAAAGAUUUCUGCCAACAGCACACGGCCUGCUCGCUGGCACAGCAAGCUGGGGUUCUUUCGUGAUCCCAGGCCUUUCCCCCUGUUCUUGUCCUCACUGUUCAGUGAUGGAGGAAGUGUUGGCUGUGUGGACAUCAUUGUUCAGAGAGUGUACCCUUUACAGUGGGUGGAGAAGACAGCAUCUGGAUUGUACAUAUUUCGUAAUGAGAAAGAAGAGGCAAAGGAAGCAGUGAGAUUUGCAGGGGACCAGCAGAAGAAACUGGAGGCCUUGUUCACCAAAAUCCAGGCAGAGUUUAAAGACCAUGAAGAAGACACAGCACAGCGGUGUGUGCUGUCCCGUGCACUCACAAGGCAGCAGGUCCAUGCUCUGCAGGACGGUGCAGAGCUCUAUGCAGCAGUUCAGAGUGCAUCCGACCCUGAUCACCUUGAGGGUUGUUUCAGUGAAGAGCAGCUGAGAGCCUUGAACAACCACAGACAAAUGUUGAACGAUAAGAAACAAGCACAGAUCCAGUCAGAAUUCCGGAAGGCCUUGGAGUCCGCUGAGCAAGAGGAGGGCUUAUCAAGGGAUGUUACCACAGUAUGGAAGCUGCGUGUCACAAGCUACAAGAAAGAAGAAAAAUCAUCUCUGCUGAGUAUCUGGCGCCCAUCAGCAGACUUACACUCCCUGUUAACGGAGGGAAAGAGAUACAGAAUCUAUCAUCUUGCAGUAUCGAGAUCCAGGAGUAAAUUUGAACGAGCUAGCAUCCAGUUAACAGCUACGAAAAGAACUCAGUAUCAGCAGCUACCGGCUUCCCAGGAGACCUUACUCCAGGUUUACCAGCCCCGGGAGCCUCUUCACUUCAGCAGACUGUUGGAGCCAGCCUUUCAGCCUCCUUGCUCUGAAGUGGACCUCGUAGGAGUUGUUGUUUCUGUUGUAAAAGCAGUCGGUCUUGCUCCUUUGGUCUACCUGUCAGAUGAGUGCCUUAAUUUAUUAGUGGUAAAGUUUGGGAUAGAUGUUAAUGAAGACAUAAAGCCACGUGUGCUAGUUGCUGCGAGCAACCUCCAGUGGCAUCCAGAAUCCAGAUCAGUAGUGCCAACUUUAUUUGCUGGGAAUUUUUCCAUAUUUUCCACCAGUCCAAAGGAGGUCUACUUUCAGGAGAGAGCCAACAGAAUGAAGCAAGCUAUUGAGAAUAUCGAUACAUUUUACAAGGAGGCAGAAAAGAAGCUUUUACAUCUGCUUAAUGGAGACAGUCCCAAACGGUCCACCCCGACUAAAGACUCCACUCUGCUGGCUUCUACCUGCCCUGCUGCAGAGCUCCUUGCUACAGGCGGUCAGCCAGUGAGGUUUUCACCUAACGGUGAGCAAAAUUAUCAAAGUCCUUUAUCACAUUGCACACCAAAAGAGAAGUCUACACCCCUGGCUCAGUCAGCCCAGACGGCUUCAAAGUCUUGUUACGGGGAGAGAGAAAUUGAUGACCCAAAGACCUGUAGAAAAAGAAGAGCCUUGGAUUUCCUGAGUCGGCUGCCCUUACCUCCCCCGGUGAGUCCCAUCUGUACCUUUGUCUCUCCGGCUGCACAGAAGGCUUUUCAGCCGCCACGGAGGUGUGGCACCAAACAUGCAGCACCUAAGAAGAAGAAAGAGCCCAAUUCCCCUCAGAGGACACCAUUUCAGAAGGCCAGCGGCGUUUCUCUUUUGGAAUAUGAUUCAGUAGCUGAUGAAGAGCUUGCCUUGCUCAGUACCCCAGCCCUUUUACCUGGCUCAUCAGAGGGAAAUGAACAAGCAUUUCCUGGUGACUACACAAGGACCCCUGUGCCCCAAGGACAAAAUGACCCCAGCUAGCACAGAGGCCAGACCAGCAUGGAGGACCCAGAUGCAGGAAGGAGUCUAUCUCAGGGAUUGCAGAGGUGACAACAGCGAUGGAAAAUUAGCUGUUGAGUCUUAGCCUCCCAGUUUGUAAAGUGUGUGCAGUUCCAAGCUGCACGUUUGUCAGACAAGACACAAAUGACAGCACAUUGCUGACGGUUUGUUUACUGUACAGAUGUUCCGCCUGGCUCUGUAUUUAUGUAACUAUUCAGAUGUCUAAAGCUGGCCAGAUAGUAACUAACUGAAAGAUCUUUAAAUCUUUGUCAUUGGAUUUGAUCACUACAAGCAUAUUUUACAUGCAGAAUAAAC